AACGCGUAGGUCAGACUUCAAAUAAUAGAGUUCAGAGUUAGUUCUUCUUUCUUCAACCAAAGCCCUGUGAUUCUGCCGCCAACAAAACCACAAACUCGCAUACAAAUCACAGAUAAAGAAAGCAACUGAAGAUAAAAUGGAAGGAGGUAUUGGUGGUAGCCAAAGCAAAGACCAAAAUCAAAUCGUGGAUGUGAGGUCGGUGGUCGAAUCCGUCUCCGCCGAAGACUCCGACGCCCCUCUCUACCAAGUCGAAAGCCUCUGCAUGCGUUGCGGCGAAAACGGCACUACCAGUUUUCUGCUGACUCUAAUUCCUCACUUCAGAAAGAUUUUGUUGUCUGCGUUUGAGUGUCCGCAUUGCAAUGAGAGGAAUAACGAAGUUCAGUUUGCUGGUGAGCUCCAACCUAAGGGUUGUUGCUAUCAGUUGAAAGUGCCUUCCGGGGACCCCAAGAUGCUUAAUCGACAAGUGGUGAAAUCUGAGUUUGCUACUAUUAAGAUUCCUGAAUUAGAUUUUGAGAUCCCUCCAGAGUCUCAGCGUGGAUCUCUGUCAACGGUGGAAGGUAUAUUGUUACGAGCAGCGGAUGAAUUGCAGGCACUCCAAGAAGAACGCAAGAAAGUGGACCCUCAGACAGCUGAAGCAAUAGACCAGUUUUUGUUGAAGCUGAGAGCCUGUGCUACAGCAGAUUCAUCCUUCACCUUCAUCCUUGAUGAUCCAGCUGGAAACAGCUUUGUUGAGAACCUGUUUGCUCCAUCCCCUGAUCCAUCUUUGAGUAUCAAGUUUUAUGAACGAACGUCAGAGCAACAAUCAACAUUAGGGUAUGUUGUGGAAUCGUCACAAACGGGAAGUGUUCGUGAUGCAGCAUCAACAGAAGCAGUUGGUACUUCUGACCAAGUACAAAGAGCCCCACAUGGAUCAAUUGGAGCAGCAGCUGGUCAUCGGGCCAUUGCUCAGAGUAAUAGUGCAGAAAUUGCUGAAUCUUUGUUUCGAUACACGGCUCCAGAGGAGGUGAUGACUUUCCCAUCAACAUGUGGAGUUUGUACUGCAAGGUGUGAGACUCGAAUGUUUGUCACCAACAUUCCAUACUUCCAAGAAGUAAUUGUCAUGGCAUCCACUUGUGACGCUUGCGGUUAUCGCAAUUCUGAGUUGAAGCCUGGUGGACGAGUUCCUGAGAAAGGGAAGAAAAUUAUUCUCCGUGUGGAGAAUGUUAAGGAUCUUAGUCGUGAUGUAAUAAAGUCAGAUACUGCAAGCGUGACAAUUCCAGAAAUUGAGUUGGAGCUGACGAGUGGCACUCUGGGAGGGGUUGUUACAACUGUUGAAGGCUUGAUCAUGAAAAUCAGUGAAAGCCUUGAGAGGGUACAUGGAUUUAGUUUUGGUGAUAGUCUUGAUGAGCAUAAGAGAAGCAAGUGGCUCAACUUUCAAGCAAGCCUAAAGAAGCUUUUGUGUUUAGAAGCGCCUUGGAAUUUAAUUCUUGAUGAUGCAUUGGCUAAUUCUUUUGUUGCACCGGGAACUGACGAUAUCAAAGAUGACCAUCAGUUGAUGUUUGAGGAAUAUGAGAGGUCAUGGGAGCAAAAUGAGGAAUUGGGUCUGAAUGACAUUGAUACCUCUUCCGCCGAUGCUGCUUAUGACUCUAAGGAUGCGACUACAGAAGAGAAGUAAGAGAUGUAAAUUUAUUACUUUUUCGCCUUCCCCAUUUUCUCUGAGGGGAAGGAAUGCCAUGCACUAACUUGAGCUUGUGUAAAACGUUAAAUUGUGAGAGCAGUUUAAUUACCAUUUGAGCUCAUGCUGGUUGGUGGAUACUGUGUUACACUUGCACCAUUUGACUAUAUUUUUUAUUUAUGGUAUGCCUCUGAGGGUGUCUUCACGACCUUA